AUAUUGCCAAGAGAUACAUGCGUUCAUGACUUUAGGGUGUAAAUAGUGACACACGCGCUCCAUCCCUGAAAAUGGAGGGCCUGGAAAUGUCUGCGAUGAUACCCGCUCUUCAGGAGCUAGCAAGAGCCAGUGCAGCUGAUUACAACCAAGUGGUGCAGAAGCCCCGACAAAUUCUCUGUCAGUUCAUUGACAGAAUACUCACAGAUGUGGAUGUUGUGGCUGUGGGACUUAGUAAGAAGUCCAUCUCAGAGCCUGCUUGUGUGAUGCUGCUGGACUUUGUGCAACACAUCAUAAAAUCUUCCUCUCUGAUGUUCGCCAACCCUGCCUGCCAGCCUGCAGAGUACACAGACACUAUGGAGAGCUGUAUUGAGUUCAGCAGGUGGGUGGUUGGACGGUUGCUACGAGUGGCAGCAGCACCUGGCUGUGAUGUCAUCCAUGGAUAUGUCUCUGCAGUGCUGUGCUCCUUACUACAUACACUCCGAAUCAGAGCGCCAGUCAUCUUCAGCUGCCUCACCGAGGAACUACUUUUGUUGGCCCAGGACCUCAGUUACACUCUGUAUACCCAUGUCACUUCACUGGGAGCACUUGGACAUGCUUUGGGUGCUGACACACAGAUUAAGUGGCCUGUUCCACUUCAACACUUCUCUCUAUCCUCUUCCUGCAUCUCAACCUACCUCACACCCUCACCCCUCUCACUAUCUUCACCCGCUGCCUUGGAAUCACUUGUUGCUGUGACGCUUGGUGUCAUGUCCAACGUCCUGAGGGGGGUGGUCUCCAGACGCGAUUUGGGAGCGGCCUGCGAAACGGCCUGCUCUUUCUUGGCCUAUGGCAACAUCAAACUGAGGAAGAUCUCAAUGGUGAUGCUGAGGCAAAUGGUGGAGUUGGGAAGGUUCCCCGAGAGGCAGAGCCAGGAGUUCUUCACAGCCUUCCUUCAGUUGCUUGAAACACACUCUUACAUAUACAACACAGACACAUCUGGACACUUAUGCAUAGAUAAGCAAAAUCUCUAUGAGGGAGAAUUGCUUAAGCUGACUCACUGUGUUUUUCAGUCUUCUGGUGUGACAGGCACACACACAGUGGUUUUUGAGCCCAUCCACCUGUCACAGCUCUUAGAAUGUGUUUGCACCCUGGGAGGAGCAGGCCUGGUGCUUGGGUCAGAGGUCAGCCAAUCACUCUGCCUGCUCUUCAGCUUCCUACUCUCUGUAACCCCGGACCAUGAGAGCGCCGCGCUGCUAAGGAGGCAAAGAGUCUCAGAGAUGUGCAAGACCCUGACACAAACUGUUGGAAAAGAGAAUCAAGCUGAGUGUGCGGAAGGUUUUCUCCUCGCUUCACUAAAGGGAGAGGUUGCUGUAGUGAUGCGGGAGUUUGAAGGAGGAGAGACAGUUGCUCAGAGACCUUGCUUACCUGUCACCAGCUCAGUCAACAAGAAACCAAAAUCUCAUCCAAUCGAGGUGGACAUGUGUGCUCAGAGUGAGGUGUGGGCCACGAUGACAGGCCGGCUGAAUGAACUGUUGACCUCUCUGAACUCCAACUCCAAUGACGCUGAGACCACCAAGACUCCUUUUGCCCUGGAGGGCCUUUCCCUCAUCCUACAUCUGGCUGCUCGUUGCUCAUCUCCCACAAGUCAAAUUCCUCUCCUGUGGGUGUCUCUUGAGACUCUGGCCAGGGUCUUGAAGAGCUGUCAGUCAGUAUUGGAAGGUGGAGUUCAACCUGAUUCUGCCCACUCCCACAUUAAGUCUGCCUUUCAGAGCACUGUCAGGGUGUUUGACUCUCUCCUCUACUUGACCAUGAGCAGCCAGGGUGCAGAGAAGCUCCAGCACCAUGUAUGUGCCCUGCUGUCUCUUCCCUGGGUUUGUGAGAACAAGUCUGCCGCAGCCUAUAAGAGCUCAAGUUUUCCUUCCAGUUUGCCUGCCCUUGCUGAGAGACUGAGCUCACACUGUUCUCCUGAGAUCCAGGCGGAGUGUGUGUCACUGCUGGCACUACUGCAUCGUAGUGUGUGUGAGAAGUGGCGUAUUUGUGUGUUUUCCAAGGCACUGCAGUGUGAAGAUGAGGUGGUCCGAGCUGCAGCGGUCAGGGCCUUCCCUUUGCUGCUGCACCACCUGGGAAGUGCACAACACAGUCUUAUCAAUACCACUCUACUGGCUAGGCUGGAAGACAGUUCAGAGCAGGUGAAAAAAGAACUUGCAAGUGCAGUUGGUCAACUGACUUGCAUCAUGUCAGAGUGCUCCCAGCUUAGUAUCACUGACAUGAAGCCCACACAAUCCCCCAAGAUGCUCUGUUUCUGCUUCAGCCUUGCUGCUGAGCAUGCCAACAAACCAGCAACGUUUCUCGGAACAACUGUCAUCAUGCCCUUCCUGCCACUGCUCAGGCAACAGGCUCCCAGCAGUGUUAAACAAGCUUUCAUGGAAGCCCUGCCUCACCUCUGCCAACAUGUGAACCUUAUGGAUGGGGGCAGCAGCUCCCAUGCAGUUCUGUCUGCUCUGAUUGGUUUAAUAGAGGACCCCGAUCCACUGGUCAGAACAGGGUUCAGCAAAUCAGUGCGCUUCCUGUUAGCAGAGCUCAUACCAAACCCUGACCAGGGCUUUCUCAGUGAGCUUCUGGUGACACGUCUGAAGGCGGCAUUUACCAAUGCCAAGGUCAACGGAGAUGAUGAGCUUCGCAACACUCUGAUAGUCACCACUGGAGAGAUUGGCAGAGCGGCCCAGGGGAGUUUGGUUUCAUUCUCCUUGCUGAGGCUGCUCCACUGUCUUCUAUCCAAGUCCUCUUCAGUGUCUGUCGCUGCCUACACCCAGAUCAGAGCCUUGGCCACAGCCAAAGGCCUCAAGCUGCAGACCCUCUUCAGUCAGUACAAGAACCCCAUCUGCCAGUUCCUGGUGGAGUCACUUCACUCGCGUCAUGUGUCUGCCCUGCGGAGCACGCCAGACCAGAACAGCGAGUCGGCCCAUCAGAGAGAGCAGGCCCUGGACAUCCUUGCACAGACUGCACAUGCCUUUGACUUCUCAGACCUCCACCGCUUCCUCAAUCUCACCCUUCAGGUACUCCUGCCAUACCUGGCAGCCAAGGCCAGCCCCACUGGCUCUGCCCUCAUUCGCACCCUGGCCACUGAGCUGAAAGCUAACAGGAGAGAGAUUCUAAUUAACAACUUUAAGUACAUCUUCAGCCACCUGGUCUGCUCCUGCACUAAAGAGGAGCUGGAGAGGGCCUUUCAUUACUUGCAGAGUGAGACAGAGAUUGAGCUGGGCUCUCUGUUGAGGCAAGACUUCCAGGGUCUUCACAACGAGCUGCUGUUACGCCUGGGAGAACACUACCAGCAGGUGUUUAAUGGCCUGGCAAUCCUGGCCUCUUUUGCAUCAAACGACGACCCUUACCGGGGUCCCCGGGACAUUACCACACCAGAGUUAAUGGCAGAUUAUCUGCAGCCCAAGCUUCUGGGAAUCCUGGCAUUCUUCAAUAUGCAGCUGCUCAGCUCCAGUGCAGGGGAGAAGGACCGCAAGAAGCAGGGACUAACCAGUGCCAUGGCUCUGAUGCGACUGAUGGGCUCCAAACAUAUCAGCUCUGUCAGGGUGAAGAUGAUGACCACGCUCCGUACAGGCCUCCGAUACCGAGAAGACUUCCCUCUGCUUUGCUGCCAGACAUGGGAGUGUUUUGUCAGGAGCGUGGAGCCCUCCCACCUUGGUCCUUUACUAAGUCAUGUGAUUGUAGCGCUCCUCCCGCUCAUCCAGCUGCACCCAAAAGAAACAGCCGCCAUCAUCCGCUUCCUCAUUUUGGAUAACAGGGAAGAGGUCCAGGAUCAUCUUCAUGAGAUUUACUUUCUACCAGACCACCCAGAGUUGAAGGAUAUCCACACAGUUCUACAGAACAACAAGCUGACAUCUAGUAGCAGUGACCUGGCUGCUGCACUACAGCUCUCAAUGAGAGCUGUCCAACACGAGAACGUUGACGUCAGGAUCCACGCCCUUACCAGCCUCAGAGACAUGAUGCACAGCAACCAGGAGUGGCUGCUACGGCAGGUGUGUGCCAGUGAGUCUGUGGAGCCGGUCAUCUCCAGCCUGGUGGCUGUUCUGCUCAGGGGCUGCCAGGACUCAUCCCCAGAGGCCAGGCUACUCUGUGGGGAGUGUCUGGGCGAACUGGGAGCUGUGGACCCCGGACGUCUGGACCUGACGCGCACGCAUACCCACGGCAACAGCAACACCUUUGUGAGGGGGGUUGAUGAUCCCAACUUUGCCUACGAGCUUCUGACAGAGCUGACCAGAACAUUCCUGGCCUAUGCUGACGAUGUGAGAGCACAAGAUUCCGCUGCUUAUGCCAUGCAGGAGCUGCUGUCCAUCUUUGAGUGUUGUGAGGGUCGUACUGACUCACCAGGCCGUCGGCUUUGGAGGAGAUUCCCAGAGCAGAUCCAAGAGAUACUGGAGCCUCACCUCAACAGCAGGUACAAGAGUAGUCAGAAGGUGGUGAACUGGUCUAAGCUGAAGAAGCCGGUGUACCUGAGCAACAGGGGCAGCAAGUUCUCUGAUUGGUCAGCUACCUGGGCCAGUUACCUCAUAAGCAAGGUGAGACAUGAUCUUGCCAGCAAGGUGUUCACCUGUUGUAGCUUCAUCAUCAAACAUGACUACAAGGUCACCAUCCACCUGCUGCCUCACAUACUGCUCUACAUGUUGCUGGGCUGCACUCCCACAGAGCAACAGGAGGUCACGGAAGAGAUGCUCUCCGUGCUGACAGAAGGGGAUGCACAGGGAGGGGUGCGUGUCCAGGAGACAGCCUCCAGCCUAUCACAGCUCAGCACCCAGACAGUGUUCAGCAUGCUGGCUCACCUAACGCAGUGGAGCCGCCACUUCCUCUCCUCCAAAGCUAUACAAGCCGAAAGUGGGGAGUAUCAGCGCGUGGUGGCUUUCCUGAAGUCCAUGCCUCAGGAUGUGCUAGCCAGGGCCUCUCUACGCUCUAAAGCAUACACUCGUGCUCUCAUGCACUUUGAAGCUUUCAUCCUGGAGAACAAGGAGAACAUCCAGGACCAUCUCACCUUCCUACAGACGCUGUAUGCGGCUAUGCAUGAGCCUGAUGGAGUGAGGGGCGUCAACGCCCUGCGGCGGGAGGAGCCGUCGCUGCGGGAGCAGAUUCUAGAACACGAGAGCAUCGGCCUGCUCCGAGAUGCCACCGCCUGCUACGAUCGUGCGAUACAGCUGGAAUCAGACCAGAUUGGUCACCGCCAUGGAGAGAUGACUUCCAUGCUGGGCCUGGGACAGUUGUCCACAGUUAUCACUCAAGUCAAUGGAGUGCUCGCCGACAAGCCCCAGUGGAAGUCAGAGCUGAACGCUUACAGGGUGGAAGCAGCCUGGAAACUUGGUAAAUGGGACCUGCUGGAAGAUUAUCUGACUUCAGACGUUCAGUCCAGCACAUGGAGGAUGCGUUUGGGUCAGAUGCUGCUAGCUGCUAAGAAGCAGAACUCAGAGAAGUUCUUUGAUAAGCUGAAACUGGUGAGGAAGGAGCAGGUGGUCCCUUUGUCGGCUGCCAGCUAUGAGUGUGGAACCUACCAGAGAGGAUACGAGUACAUCGUCAGACUGCACAUGCUGAGUGAGUUGGAGCAUGCCUUUACUGAACUACAGAAACAGAGCAAAGGGUCUGACCCUAACCUCAGCAAGCUGAUUCUCCAUUGGUCAGACCGCCUAGAGAUGACCCAGAAUUCCUUCAGGGCCAAGGAACCAAUCUUAGCCCUACGACGCGCCUUGCUCAGUCUGGGAUCAGGGCCAGUGUGUCAGGAGCUAGUAGGGGAGUGCUGGCUGCAGAGCGCCCGUGUCGCCAGGAAAGCAGGACACCACCAGACGGCAUUCAAUGCUCUGCUAAACACUGAGAACACACACCCGGCUGAGCUGUUCACUGAGAAGGCCAAGUGGCUCGGAUGCAAGGGAGAUGUACACCAGGCCCUGAUUGUCCUCCAGAAGGGCGUGGCCCAGUUUUUUUCUGAUGACCAGCCCCUGACAGACCCUCGCAGCCUGCAGACGAAGGGAAAGGCCAUGCUGCUGAUGGGCCGCUUUAUGGAGGAGACGGCCAACUUUGAGUCCAAUGCCAUCAUGAAAGCAUAUAAGGAUGUGACCAACCUAUUGCCGGAGUGGGAAGAUGGAAACUUCUACUUGGCUAAGUACUAUGACAAACUCAUGCCCAUGGUAACUGACAACAAGCUUGAGAAGCAGGGGAACCUCAUUCGAUAUAUCGUCACAUAUUUUGGAAAAGCUCUGCAGUUUGGAAACCAGUACAUCUACCAGGCCAUGCCUCGCAUGCUGUCUCUUUGGCUCGACUUUGGAGCCAAAGUUUAUGAGUGUGAGAAAGCGGGGCGGUCUGACCGGCAGAUGCGCAUGGAACUGAAUAAAAUUAAUGCGGCGAUUAAAGAGAACUGUGCCUGCCUGGCGCCCUACCAGUUCCUCACUGCCUUCUCCCAGCUCAUCUCCAGGGUGUGCCACUCUAGCAAUGACGUCUUUGACGUCCUAAUGACCAUUGUGGCGAAGGUCCUGCUGGCGUACCCUCAACAGGCUAUGUGGCUCAUGACCGCUGUCUCUAAGUCAUCUUACACCAUGCGCAAGAACCGCUGCAAUGAGAUCCUGAAGAAGGCUGUCAGUCUCAAAGAGUCUCUCGGGAAGUUCAUAGGAGACAUUAAUAGGCUGACGGACAAGCUGCUGGAACUCUGCAACAAGCAGGUGGAUGGUAACACCACCACCUACAGUAUGAAUGUCCACUUCAAGCAGCUGAAGCGUCUGGUAGAGGAGUCCACCUUCAGCCAGAUCCUGAUUCCACUUCAGUCUGUCCUAAUUCCCACACUGCCCUCUACUGGCGGGGCCAGCACACAGCACGACGCCUUCCCCGGACACUGGGUCUACCUGGCUGGCUUCGAAGACUGUGUGGAAAUCUUGAACUCCUUACAGAAGCCGAAGAAGAUCAGCCUGAAGGGCUGUGACGGUCAGAGCUACACCAUGAUGUGUAAACCCAAAGAUGACCUGAGGAAGGACUGCCGACUCAUGGAAUUUAACUGCCUUAUCAACAAGUGCCUACGUAAAGAUGCAGAGUCAAGGCGGAGGGAGCUACACAUCCGCACCUACGCUGUGAUUCCCCUCAAUGAAGAGUGUGGCAUCAUUGAAUGGGUCAACAACACAGCUGGACUGCGACACAUCCUCAACAAGCUCUACAAGGAGAAAGGUGUCAACCUAUCAGGUAAGGAGCUGCGAAAGCUGAUGCUUCCUAAAUCAGCCCUCUUUGAGGAAAAGCUCCGGCUCCAUAGAGACGUGCUGUGUGCACGACACCCCCCCAUCUUCUACGAGUGGUUUCUCCGGACAUUCCCUGAUCCCACAUCAUGGUAUAGCAGUCGCUCUGCCUACUGCCGCUCCACUGCUGUAAUGUCCAUGGUUGGCUACAUCCUUGGUCUGGGAGAUCGCCACGGAGAGAACAUCCUUUUUGACUCUCUCACUGGGGAGUGCAUUCACGUUGACUUUAACUGCCUCUUCAACAAGGGGGAGACGUUCGACGUGCCAGAGGUUGUUCCGUUCCGUCUGACCCAAAACAUGGUCCAUGCCAUGGGCCCCAUGGGCACUGAGGGCCUUUUCAGGCAGGCCUGUGAAGUCACACUGAGACUGAUGAGGGACCAGAGGGAGCCACUCAUGAGUGUUCUAAAGACAUUUCUUCAUGACCCUUUGGUCGAGUGGAGCAAGCAAGGCAAAGGACUCUCUAAACCCCAGGCGAAUGAGACAGGAGAGAUAGUCAAUGAGAAGGCCAAGACCCACGUGUGUGACAUCGAGCAGCGUCUGCAGGGCGUGAUCAAGAGCCGGAAUAAAGUGCUGGGCCUGCCUCUCUCUAUUGAGGGACACGUGCACUACCUCAUACAGGAAGGCACCGAUGACAAGCUGCUGUGUCAGAUGUACCUGGGCUGGGGACCUUACCUGUAACUCACCUGCACACCAGAGCUGAUUGACGGUCAAUCACCAUCAUCAAAUGUUAGUUUUUUUUAGUUUUUUUUUUAAAUUUAAACAGACAUGGGCUGCCACAUAAGGCCAACAUGGGGAGUGUCAGAAAGAUUAAAGAAUCCACAAUCACUGGAAUGUAUCAAGAGUCAAUUUAAUACACUGCCCUGUGAUUAACUCCUUACAUGGCACCUUCCCGAUUCAGUAACCCCUGCUUCAAGAAGAUUUAAAACAAACACAAUUUCCAUAUUGGACCCAGCUCUGGCAUGCAUAAUGCUGCGUUUCUUGGUCUGUGACAAUGGGUGCAUUGUCGAUUGUGUAAAUGGUGGCAGUGAAGUAUUCACUGUCACCGCUGAUUUAUAUUUUCAUGUUUUGUGAAAAUGAAGAAUCUUUGUGGUAUUU